GCUCGCCUUUUCGGAGUCUCUUAAUUAUGGCUUCUGCCCUACCAAAAAUAUUUUAUGCUCCACUUUAAACUUCGGUCUAGCUACGGCUCUAUAUUCAGGUACGAGUAGUUACUGAUUCGAUACGUCGUUUAGCUAAAGAGGGGAUUUAUUGACACUUCUCUCAUCAACUUUAUUGAGAGGGUAGUUUGUUAUAGAAGUGUGACCGGUUCGCUGCAUAAAAUAUUAACAACAAUAUGUAUUACCAAAAUUUACUUCUGGUUAUAUUAACCUUUAUAUUAUACGAUAACACAGUGAAUAUAUACGCCUAUAGAACUUUCGAUGUGGACGGUGUUGAAACUAUACUAGCGUUGGAAAACGAGACGAUUAAUAUAGAAUGCAAGACCGAUGGGCCACUCUCAUACUGUGGAUUGAUAAAUCCGACUGGGGAAAGAUGUUCGUUUAAAGGUCAAGAGCUUCACCUGGGUAGUUGUUUUAAUAAAGUGAAUGUGACAAAACAAGAUAUUGGAGAAUGGACUUGUCACCUAGGCAAAAGUGCUAUAGGCGUGGAAACAACGAAGAAGAUAAUGGUCAGAAUAGUGAACCGUGUUGCCGCUAUAAAGCAGAAUGUAACAGCUGUACAUGGUAGAGAAAUCACUUUGGAAUGCGUCACUACAGAGGGAUUGAGGUCUUUAGUAUACUGCCGCUUUGAGCCUCCAAACCGGAUCGCAUUCAAUAUUAAUUCAGCUGUGAAUUUUUCUAAUGCAAUUUUGGAGAAAUAUUAUUAUCCUCCAACCAGAAGUAUGGACCGUGGUGACUGCGCGGUAACAAUACGGAAUGUACAAUAUGAGGACAUCGGUUCUUGGACUUGUGGAGCUGGACUGGACGAUGGAAAAGAGUAUAUUGAUGUUAUCAUGCUUAAAGUGGAAGGACUGUAUACAUUGUCAACAGGAUCUAAGUUUGUCCUCAUAUAUGGAGUUACAAUCUUUACGGUGGCUUUCUGCUUGAUCGGCGUUGUUGCGUGGAAGCACAGGAUUUUCUCGGAGUUUCUGCCAUCGCUGGAAGAGAUCGAGAUCGCGGACAUGGACGCACGGCAAAGAUUAAGGGCAACGCAGAGUUCACCACAACCGUCUCCGCAGCCAGAACGGAAUGAUCCUGAAGUUGUAGUUCAGUCACCAUCUGAAUCAAGUUCGUCGCCAGUAACGGCUACACAGUAAAGAUCAGCAAGAAAACGUAUUUACCUAUAACGUAUAGUGUAACGAUAUGAUAAAUAGACACAAAGUUGUGAAUUUGACGAAUGUAUCUAGUGGUGAGAUUUGUUCGCAAAUCGAAUAGAUAUUAAUUAUGCUUAAUUUGACAUAAGUAAUUAUAAUUUAUUUAAUUCUAUCAUGAUACACUCACUAUAUUAUUAUAUCCACACGCCUUUUCUCAAUCUCUUUUAUCUUUUUAUUAUGUUCAAAAAAUAAAUUAAUAAGUAGAGGUAACUGCUCACCAUCAGGUGAGCCCGAUGGGUGACAGGUACCAUGAGGGUUAUAUUGUUCAGACGGUAGAUUUUGAAUAUUAUGGGAGUAAAAACAAUCUAUGGUUGUGGUAUAAAUAAAUGUUGAGAAAGGUCGGAUAAAAUAAUUAAUGAAAUUAAAGUUUAUAUAAAUUAUACUUUACUUUUUACAUCUAUUAUAAUUAAUUAAAUUGUAGAUAUACAAUUUACUACUUAUAAUUAAUUGUACUUAUCUAUAAAAUAUUUUAGACACAAGACUUUAAAUUUAUGAGUGUGUUUGUUUUAUUAUUAAUAGCUUUAUUUUAACUGCGUAUACGGAAUGACAUGUUAAUACAUUUUCAUGAGUUAACAAUGUAUUAUAAAAUUCAUCUACAGUUAGUUUAUUAUCGUUGGACACUGUGUUUGGUACA